CUGUGAUUGGACAGAUCGGUGUCUGUCCUGUGAUUGGUGGCUUUCUUUCCAGCAGGAAGUUGUGAACAGAGUUUAAAAGCUGCUGCAGGACUGCAGAUAUUCACAGGAAGCUGGACCAGCAAUGGCUCUGCUGAAGGUUCUGCUGCUGCUGCUGGGGCUGGGUGUUUCAGUGAACUCAGGUGUUUCUCUGCAGAAGAGAAUCAUUGGAGGUCAAAACUGUGAUGACAGGGAGCGUCUUCAUCAUGUUCGGCUGGAGAGCAGCAAGGAUGAAGCAAAAAUCCUCUGUGGAGGAUCUCUGAUCCACCCUGAGUGGAUCCUGACUGCAACUCACUGCUGGCAGCCAGGAUGGACUAACACAGCAAUAUUAAAAGUUCAUCCACGGACUAUUAUACGUUACCGUCAAGUAGUCCGACAAGCUCCUGAGAUUUACGGCAAGUGGCAUGAUAUUGCGUUGCUGAAGCUUGAGACACCAAUAAGAGAUGUCCCACUUGGUCAGCUAUCAAGUUGCAGCCGUCGUCUUAAAGUAGGCGAUGUUGUUCAGCUGGCAGGAGAGGGAGCAACGACAACCGGCCCCAAUAAUCAACGAUUGAGGAAUGCUCCUAUUCCAUCACAUCUUCAGUGUGUCGACAUGAAAGUGCUUCAGAUUCACUGUGGAGGAUCCCUGAUCCAUUCUCAGUGGAUCCUGACUGCAGCUCACUGCUGGAAGCCAGGAUGGUCUAACGUAGCAAUGUUAAAAGUUCAUCCACAGACUGCUGGGCAGCAGAUUCAGGUGAUCCAAUACGCUACUCAAAGGACAAAUGGCCUCAUUUUGCUGAAACUUCAGACCCCAGUAACAGAUGUCCAACCUGCUCAGCUACCAGACUGCAACAAUCGUCUUAAAGUAGGCGAUACUGUUAAACUGGCAGGAGAGGGAGGAACGACAACUGGCCCGAAUAAUAAGCGGUGUGAGAGAAAUAUUGAAGUUAUGAGAAUAAAAUCUUUGUUUCUGUCUCUACAGAAAAGGUUGAGUGAAGAACAUGUUUAUGAUUCUCAUGUUUCUCUACAGUAUCCCUCAGUGAUGCUAUUCCAUCCCAACUUCAGUGUGUCGACAUGA